GUCCAAGCAAGAGUGAGUUUGUGGCAACCUGAGAAUGAAAAUACCAUUAUCUGAAUAUAGUUAGGAAUCUGCGGACUGAAAUCGGGGGUUAAUACGAAAUCUAAAAUAGGCAAAAUGUUUACUAGAAACUGUCAGCAUAGAUUAUAACCCCUAAUCCGCCGAGUUCGAGUUAACUUGAGUUCGUCAAUAUCUAUUUGUUGUUUGAUGGUGAAACCGACGAUGAUAAGUUGUUUUUAUGUUUUGUAUUUACCGAUUGGAUUAGUAUUGCGACUAUUGUGGCAUUAUUAUUUGCAAAUAGAAAUAUCUUAAAUGUUUUUGGGCUUCUGCAUGCCCUUUGUUGGUUCAGUUAACAAUUUGACAGCUUUGGAAAAGUUGUUGAAGUCAGAUCUGUAGCGAAAAUGUUAGAAUUUUAAGGUACUUGUUGUCUUUGUGUCGCCACGAGUGUGUUUAGAACACAGAAUAAAUUUUUAUCCAAUCCAUAUUUGUUAGGCGUUUACCGUAUUCCUAACGUUAAGUUCUUGAGUUUUCCUCUGGAUGGAAAAGUGUGGUAGAAGACGUCAGCGGGAGUGACGUGACUCACAAGAGCAACGUUGUGCAAUGGACAGCAAUGAGGAAACCAGAAGAAUAGGCCUAUAAGGAAAUACACCUCUACAAUCGGUUGAUUGCUUCGUAGUUUAGCAGCAGCAAUGAGGCGGACGUGACAGGAUGUGAGUGCCUGCAAGUAUAUCUAGCAGAGAUCCACAAGAUAACCACAUCCCCCAGAACCCUCCAAGUGCCAGAAGUCUGGAGGCAGACACAACAGCAAAAUGACAUCAGAAUCAGAGUGCAGUGGCGGGUGUCUUUUGGCUGGUGAAGACAUCGCAAAGAAUCGGAGCAGUGAGACGCUUGAAGCUCCUCCUUCCACUGUCACUUCUGUUUUACAAAAUGGCAGUGCCACAAGUCCCCAGUCGGAUGCGUCUGCAACUAAUUUGAACGCACAGCAAUCGGAAACUGCAGUUUCCUACGAGGCAGACAGUGCAGCACACGGCAUGGGCGCCUGGCGCAUGAGUGUAGAUGACUUGCCCGAUGUUAUACUGAUAAAGAUAUUCUCUCACUUGUCUUUCAGAGAGCUACUAGAUGUGGUGCAGAAAGUGUGCUGUCGUUGGAAAAUGUUGUCCAGAGAAGCGGUGUUGUGGACUGAUAUGGAAUUCCAUAUCAAGUACAGCAGUGAUUAUGAUGACGACACGUGGAAGGGUGUAAAGACUGACGGGGAGGCAAUACGGACUUUCUGCGAUCUCCCGAACUUGCGUAAUGUACGAGUGUUUCGCCCUGCCAAAUCCCGUGUCUUCCGUGCGCUCUACAACAGGUGUCGCAGACUGUCCACGCUGCGCCUGCACGCCGCACAGAAGCUCAGCUACUCGGUGCUGGAAAACUUAGUUGAGAAGUGCUCCAGAAUACGCACACUACGGAUAUCCAACGAACUGCUGAAGUCUGAGAAAUUUUCGGAGGCAGUGUCACGCCUACAGGACCUCCGUGUGCUGGAGGUGGCAAUGAACUUGAAGGAACCCAUUCCUGUGCUGCGACCUUUGGGUGACGGGUGCCCGCGACUAGUAGAGGUUGACUUUGUGUACACAACUUUAGACAACGACGAUUUGAAAUACUUCCUGAAUGCCAAGAGAAACACCCUUAAGUGCAUACGUAUAAAUUCGGAGGCAGUGAUCGGAAAACGGUGUGUCCUACCAUUGCUGACCAUCUGUGCUGACAGCUUGGAACGACUGCAUCUCUAUGAUUUAGACUUAAGCCACAGUGAGGUGAGGGAGGCAUUUACUGCACUGAGAAACCUGAAGAACUUGCAAGAACUUGAGAUGUGGGUCUCCAGUCCUGAACCGCUUGAUAAAAUUACUAUGGUAUUUAAGUAA